UUAUCUGUUUUUCAUUUUAAAUAAAGGCAAAUUUUCUUAAUUAUGAGAAGCCUCAAGAAAGAGAAGCAUGGCCAACAUAUAUAGCUCCAAGUACAUAGUACUGUCUCUGGUGGCUUCUCCAAUUCUCAAUCUAUUGUUUAUCAUCAAUCUUUAUGCUAGUGGAAAUUGGAACCUGAGUUGGACUUUUCAAGCUGCAACAGAAGCUGAGGCGGUGGCAGCUAUAUCCUGCUCAGGCCAUGGAAGAGCAUACCUGGAUGGUUUGGUCUUUGAUGGAAAAGAACCUCUUUGUGAGUGCAACUCAUGCUAUGCAGGCUCUGACUGCUCUGUUUUUAUACCUGGUUGUGCUGCAAAUGCAGAUGGGGGGGAUCCGCUAUUUUUGGAACCUUUCUGGGUGCAGCAUGCAGCUAGUAGUGCACUGCUAAUAGCAGGGUGGCAUCGAAUGAGCUAUACAUUCAAUGAUCACACUUUUAUCUCACAAGAGCUAGAAAGGCUCAUCCGCAGGCUACACGCUGUGGUAGGAAAUGCAGUUACAGACAAGAGGUUUAUAGUUUUUGGUGCUGGCUCAACCCAAGUCAUUAGUGCAGCAGUUCAUGCACUCUCCCCUGAUAAUGCGUCAUCGCCGGCAAGGGUUUUAGCUUCAAUCCCUUACUAUCCGUUAUAUAAAAUACAAACAGAGUUGUUUGAGUCAGUGAAUUUCAAGUUUCAAGGAGAUACGUCCCAAUGGAAGAACAGUUCAGAUACUGGUGCAAAUAUGAUUGAGUUUGUAACAUCACCAAACAAUCCUGAUGGACAGCUAAACAAGGCAGUUCUUCAUGGUCCACAUGCCAAAGCAAUUUAUGAUCGAGCGUAUUACUGGCCACACUUUACACCAAUUCCAGCUCCUGCAGAUGAAGAUGUAAUAUUCACACUUUCUAAGCUUACGGGUCAUGCUGGCAGCAGAUUUGGGUGGGCAGUGAUAAAAGAUGAGAGUGUCUUCGAUAGAAUGACAAAACACAUCGGUGUAAAUUCCAUAGGAGUCUCUCGAGAUAGUCAGUUAAGAACUUUGAAGCUUCUGAAAGUAGUACUUGAAGGGGAAGGAAGAGCAAUAUUUGAAUUCGGACAUGAGACAAUGAAAAUCAGGUGGGAAAACUUGGUCAAGGUGUUAUCAUCAUCAAACCGUUUCUCUCCAGAAAUUGAACCUCAAUACUGCACCUUUUUCCACGAAGUCAGAGAAUCUUCCCCAGCUUAUGCUUGGCUGAAAUGCGAGAGGGAAGAAGAAAAUGAUUGUUAUGCAGUCCUCAAAGCAGCCAAUGUUAUUGGCCAUGGAGGAGGUGUGUUUGGUGCAAAAGAUCGCUAUCUCCGCCUUAGCAUGAUCAGAAGCCAAGAUGAUUUUGAUCUACUUAUAGACCGCUUGAACAAAUUAGUUUCAGAGGAAACUGGUGGCAGAAUCAUGUGAAGAACGCAACCUCAUCUAUUGACGGAAAGUUGUUAACAGAAUUUCAAUGCUUGUAAUAUAGAAUACUUUUUAGACAUACCUAGAGAAAGGUCAUGUUCAGUGACCUGAACUACUGGGAGAUGCAUAACGUAAUACCCUGUUCCUCAAACCUGUAAAGUAGUUGAC